UUCUGCGGUAUACAAGUCUUCUUUCUCUCUCUCUGUCGCUCUUAACUAUUUCUCUCACUUUAAUCUACAAUUAUCCACUUUUUCUCAUCCCUUUCUUCAUUCUUCUCCCUCUAAAUCUCUCUCUUCCUCCUGUGAGAAUGUCUAAGCCCCAGACAGGCAUUCCAAUGGACCCAGAGGCGGAGGACCCAGGGUUUCAUGAGUGUGGUCCCACGGUCUCCUUCUCCAACCUGCACUACACCGUCAUGGAGAGCAGAGUCCUCUGGCGGGAGAAAGGACCUGAGAAACACAUCCUCAAAGAUGUCAGCGGCAUAAUGAAGGCAGGAAUGAAUGCAAUUAUGGGGCCAACAGGAAGUGGAAAAACAUCUCUCCUAGAUGUGAUCGCGGGUCGGAAGGACCCAGCAGGGUUGAAGUCUGGUCAGGUUCUGGUCGACGGGAAGAUGGUUGACGCUGACCUCCGACUCACAUCUGGCUACGUGGUGCAGGAUGAUAUACUGAUGGGGACCCUGUCAGUCAGAGAGAACCUGUUGUUCAGUGGAAACCUGAGGCUGGACCCAAGACGUUAUUCUUCGUCUGAGAAACAACACAGAGUCAACACCGUUAUACAAGAUCUGGGCCUGCAGGACUGUGCUCACACCAAGAUUGGAACAGAGUUCCUGCGUGGUGUUUCCGGGGGAGAGAAGAAGAGGUGCAGUAUUGGAAUGGAGCUCAUCACCUCUCCAUCUCUGUUGUUUCUGGACGAACCCACCACCGGACUGGACUCCAACACAGCCAAUCACAUCAUCACUCUGCUGCAUCGGCUGUCCCGGAGUGGUAAAACCAUCAUCUUCUCCAUCCACCAGCCUCGCUACUCCAUCUUCAAAUGCUUUGAUCACCUGACCCUGAUGAACCGUGGAGAGGUGGUGUAUGCCGGAGCUGCCUGUAACGCCCUGGGGUACUUCGCUGACCUGGGCUAUCAAUGUGAGCCGUUCAACAACCCAUCAGAUUUCUUCCUGGAUAUCACCAAUGGAGAAGCCCAGUCUCAUGUGGAUGUCACCACAUUUAAUUACGAUGUGGGAAAUGGGGACACCAAGACAGAGGACAACUCCAGAAACCCACUGGCACUCCGCUUCAAACACUCUUCCGCGUACCAGCAGGUGUUGAGGGAAAUUAGCCAUGUGACCCAGGGUUCGGAGAGAGGGGUCAGAGGUCAAGGAAGGAAGGCCAGCUAUGUCACAUCAUUCUGGUUCCAGAUGAAUAUCGUGUGUGGUCGUUCUGUGAAGAACUCCCUGAGGAACCCUCAGACAACAUAUGGUCAGAUGGCCCUAAACAUCUUCUUCGCUCUGCUAGUCGGUCUCAUUUACUACCAGCUGCCCAUGACCGUACCAGAGGCCCUACAGAACAGGAUUGGAGCGUUCUUCUUCCUCAUCAUCAACAUGGUAUUUGGGAACCUUUCCGCCGUGGAACUCUUCAUCAAUGAGAGAGCACUCUUCAUCCAUGAAAACUCCAGCGGGUUCUACCGCACGUCGGUCUACUUCCUGUCGAAGGUGUUUGCUGACCUCAUCCCCAACCGGAUCCUCCCCAUUCUGGUCUUCUCUUCCAUUGCCUACUACAUGAUGGGUCUAAAGCCAGCCUUCACAGCCUUCCUCCUGUUUACCUUGACCAUGUCCCUGGUCAGCCUGGCUGGGGUCAGUUUGGCUUUCCUGGCCUCAGCCUCUGUUUCUUCCUUCGCUAUGGCCAACAUCCUCAUCGCCCUGCCGUUCGUCUUCAUGAUGGUAUUUGGAGGCUUCCUGGUGAACCUGAACUCCAUGUUGAGCUGGCUGUCCUGGCUUAAAUGGAUUAGCAUCUUCAAAUACGGACUGGAGGCAGUAACCAUAAAUGAGUUUACCGGACAGAUUUUCUACAACAACAACAACAACACAACUAUGCCAGGUGAGGUAUAUCUCCGGAUCCAGGGUAUUGAUUACAGCACCUGGGGGUUCUGGCAGAACCAGGUGGCUCUGGCCGGGAUCACCACGGUCUGCAUGUUCCUGGCGUAUGUUCAGCUCAGGAGAAUUAACCGCUGGAAGUAGAGCGCACGCACGCACGCACACACACACACACACACACACACACAGAAUUGAAAAUGAUGCUAGCUGGGGCAAGAUGAGAGCUGGCAGAAUUUAAAGCAGUCGAUGUGAAUUAUUUAUUGAAGUCACCAGUGUUUCUGUAGCGGGCAUAUUUUAUCAGUGUGUCAUCAGAUCAUAUUAAUAUUAAUUAUCCCACUAUAAGCGUUUAUUGUAUCAUGAUGAUGAACUGUUGCGUUGAUGUGAACUAAUGCCAGUAUGUUCCCUGGGAAGCAGGUUAAGAGGGACUUUAGGAGUCACCUGUACAAGGAAGUCACCUUUUCUAUAUUUGAUUUAAUAUUGUAUCAACAUUCCUAUCUGAUUGUGUGUUUGGUAGUGACUGUGAAUAAAACGAUAUGCCAAUUAUUCAAAUACUU